AUGGAGGUCCUUCCCGCAGGCGGGGGCCGGAUGGGGCGCCCGGAGCCGGGGGCAGGGCCGGAGGACGCGGAGGAGGAAGCGGUUACCGGAGUGCCCGGAGCCCCGUGCCUGCAAGGGACGCCGUCGGCGGAGCGGCUUCGGGGCUCUCGGGACUCCUGGGGGGCGGAGGAGGACCCGGAGUCCGGCGAGCCGCGGGACGGCCGGACCAGCCGCACGGCGUCCCUGGUGAGCGGGCUGCUCACCGAGCUGUACAGCUGCGCGGAGGAGGAGGAGGCGGUGGGCGCCGGCCGCGGGCCCGGGGGUCGCCAGCGGCGCCGCGACAGCCUGGACAGCUCGACGGAGGCUUCCGGCUCCGACGUGUUCCUGGGCGGCCGCGGCAGCGCCGGCGACUCGCGCGUGCUGCAGGAGCUGCAGGAGCGGCCGAGCCAGCGGCACCAGAGGCAGUACCUGCGGCAGAAAGACACUAAUGAACUGAAGACAAUCCUUCAAGAGUUAAAGUACAGAAUUGGCAUUCAGUCGGCAAAGUUACUUCGGCAGCUGAAGCAAAAAGACAGGCUUCUGCACAAAGUACAGAGAAACUGCGACAUUGUGACUGCAUGCUUGCAGGCUGUGUCCCAGAAGCGAAGAGUUGAUACAAAGUUGAAGUUCACUCUUGAGCCAUCUUUAGGUCAAAAUGGUUUUCAGCAGUGGUAUGAUGCCCUGAAGGCAGUUGCCAGGCUGUCAACAGGUAUACCAAAGGAAUGGAGGAGAAAGGUUUGGUUGACUUUGGCAGAUCAGUAUUUGCACAGUAUAGCUAUUGAUUGGGACAAAACCAUGCGUUUCACUUUCAAUGAAAGGAGUAAUCCUGAUGAUGACUCGAUGGGAAUUCAGAUAGUCAAGGAUCUUCACCGCACAGGCUGCAGUUCCUACUGUGGCCAGGAGGCUGAGCAGGACAGGGUUGUGUUAAAACGGGUCCUGUUGGCCUAUGCCCGAUGGAACAAGAAUGUUGGGUACUGCCAAGGCUUUAACAUCCUGGCCGCUUUAAUUCUGGAAGUAGUGGAAGGCAACGAAGGGGAUGCACUGAAGAUUAUGAUUUACCUUAUUGAUAAGGUACUUCCUGAAAGCUAUUUUGUCAAUAACCUCCGGGCUCUGUCCGUGGACAUGGCGGUCUUCAGGGAUCUCUUGAGCCUGAAGCUCCCCGAGUUAUCUCAGCACCUGGACACUCUUCAGAGAACCGCGAACAAGGAAAGUGGAGGUGGCUAUGAGCCUCCACUCACGAACGUCUUCACGAUGCAGUGGUUUCUGACUCUCUUUGCUACGUGCCUCCCUCACCAUACAGUCUUCAAGAUCUGGGAUUCAGUCUUCUUUGAAGGUUCGGAAAUCAUCUUGAGAGUGUCGUUGGCCAUCUGGGCAAAAUUGGGAGAGCAGAUAGAAUGCUGUGAGACAGCAGAUGAAUUCUACAGCACCAUGGGGCGCCUUACCCAGGAGAUGCUAGAGAAUGACCUUCUGGAAAGCCAUGAACUCAUGCAGACUGUUUACUCUAUGGCUCCCUUCCCUUUCCCACAGUUGGCGGAGUUGAGGGAAAAGUACACCUACAACAUUACACCAUUCCCAGCCACAGUUAAACCCACCUCUGUUUCUGGACGGCAUGGGAAGGUCAGAGACAGUGAUGAGGAGAACGACCCAGACGAUGAAGAUGCUGUCGCUACUGCCGUGGGGUGUCUUGGACCGUUCAGUGGGCUCCUGGCGCCUGAACUGCAGAAGUACCAAAAGCAGAUCAAAGAACCGAAUGAAGAGCAGAGUCUGCGGUCUAACAACAUCGCGGAGCUGAGUCCGGGGGCCAUCAAUUCCUGUCGGAGUGAGUACCACGCGGCCUUCAACAGCAUGAUGAUGGAGCGCAUGACCACGGACAUCAACGCGCUGAAGCAGCAGUAUUCUCGGAUUAAGAAGAAGCAGCAGCAGCAGGUCCACCAGGUGUACAUCCGGGCAGACAAAGGGCCAGUGACCAGCAUUCUCCCAUCUCAGGUAAACAACUCUCCAGUUAUCAACCACCUUCUUUUAGGAAAGAAGAUGAAAAUGUCAAACAGACCUGCCAAGAACGCCGUCAUCCACAUCCCCGGUCACAUGGGAGGCAAGAUGUCUCCUGUCCCCUACGAAGACCUGAAGACAAAGCUCAAUUCGCCAUGGCGGACUCACAUCCGAGUCCACAAAAAGACCAUGACGAGGACCAGGAGUCAGCUGGGCUGCGGGGACACCGUCGGGCUGAUCGAGGAGCAGAAUGAGGGAUGCAAGACUAGCAGCCUGGGGGCAGCAGAGGCCUCCUCCAGUGGGGCAGCUGCCGGAAGGGAGGGCAGCUGCUCUGGAAGCAGCACAGGGCGGACGGUCGAAGGGCGGUCCCCAGAGCCUGCGUUCGGGGAGGCCGAUGCCGACGUGUCUGAGGUCCAGGUGAAGUUAGAAGCCCUGGAACUGAGCCAGAGGGAUGCAGCUGCAGGCCCGGAGCCCAAGGCACACCAGCCCUGCCCACCGCCCUUCUCAGAGCUGUCUGAGGCCCCCGGUGAAAACAGAGCCCCCAGCAAGCCUCCCCAGGGCAGCCACCCGAAAGCACCCAUCUUCAGCCCUUUCCCCAGCGUCAAACCGCUGCGGAAGUCAGCCACCGCCAGGAAUUUGGGAUUGUAUGGUCCUACCGAAAGAACCCCCACCGUGCACUUUCCUCACAUGAGCAGGAGCUUCAGCAAAUCGGGGGGUGGAAGCAGUGGUACAAAGAAACGAUGAUGGCCCACGGUAGCUGAUUCUCCAUUCACCUUCUCCCGGCGGCCUAAGGAUUCCAGCUGAAUGGCUGCAAAAGCGUUUUGACUGCCCCGUGAAAACGAGUAGAUAGGUUCCGAGAUGAACACUGGGCCAUGGAACUGAGAACUGGAACUUUGAGAAUGGGAGCUCGAAAGGGUCCAUCUUCCCCACCUGCCGAUCACGGAUCCAGUGAAUUCUUGUGGCAGAAUAAAUGGCGUAGUUUUCAAGUGUGACGUUUUCCCAGUUUUUCAUUGUGACUUGUUUAGACAAGACUGUGAAUCUGGACUGUUAACCCCUCUUCCUUCUUCCUGUUCAGAGGACCUGCAGGGGUCCCUGUGACCACCCUCCCCUCAAAUCUUCUGGUUCCCUGGGUGUUUCCGACGCCAGAGCACGCACACGCUAACUUGCUAGAAUAGAAACUGUAAAAAGGAAGUAAGUUUCUUUAUUGCAAAAAACUUCUCAAUUUCCCUCUUCCAGUCCCACCGAGGGAAUGUGUGUGUGUGUGUGUGUGUGUGUGUUUCUUUAGUAGUUUCUUUCAGCCAAGCUCAAGAUUUUUUUUUUUUUUAAUUCUUACGCUAAAGUGCAGGAGAAGAAUGUAGAUAGCCAUUCUUUCUCUUUCUGUCCGCAAAAUGAAGAAAACCUGUAUCUGCUGAAAUUUAGGUUGGUACAACAACUUGAAGAUCUUAUGCAGAGAACGCACGUGGGAUGGGUAUCCAACCAUCGGCCUGAACAGCGGGCUGAUUCCACGAAGCUUUCUGUCCUCUGAUGAAGAGUUCAGGUCCUCAGUGCGGGGAGGAUGUGAUGGGCUCUGUGGAGCUUGUCCUGUGUCUUCCGCCCCAUAGUCACUCACCUACCCGCUCUCCUUGCGGGUCGCAGCGGGGCCCGUGUGGUUCUGUUACUUGAAUCUUGUGCUUUUUUGAUUGAAGUGCUUUGUUGAGUUUUUUGCUACUUGAACCCUGCCUUUCUUUGGAGAAGGCAUUCGUGCUCUCUAGCUCUCUCUUCCCCACCUGGCCGCUGGUCCCCGCGGGCAGAGACGACACCUGUUUUUCCACUAUGCAGAUGGGAACUCUGAGCCACAGCAGAAUGAAGGAGCAGUUCAGACGCACAAGGUGAACUCGCCUGGUAUUCAGUGUGACUCCCUCACGUCUCUGGAGGCGGAUUUAAUGCUCCUUGUGCACAGAUGCAUUGGUACGUAGGUUCUGAAAACCACCACCGGGAAGCCAUUCAUUCUGCUCCCUCCUGACUCAGAAGACCUCCCUCCAGAUGCUUCAGAGCCCUGUGAUGGCAUUUCACAAAACCAGCACUAACCUUUUAACCCCCCAAAGUCGUUCAUUUUAAAAAUGCUUCAUGCAACUGUCAUUCCUCUGAACAAAGGCUCACUCCUCGGUCUCCUUCUCUUACUAUCAUUAGAAGAAUAGACGCGGCAUCAUUACCCUCAUUUUUGAAAGACCUUGGCCGUGCUGGCUGGCAUAUCGUUGAUGCAGUUGAUGUUAAUUUGAGUUAAUUGGGUUGCCAGUUCUGAAACCAAAGCUGUAAUUCUAGAGAGGGCUUUUACUAGGAGAGGUAUUAAUUUUUGUAAUAGAGAAUGUGGUUGUGUGGGCUCUUUUGAACAGCAAAACACAAGAAGGACAAACAGCGAGAAAAGCCAUUUUAUUCCUUCUGUGGUAUUUUUACCCCCAAAGGAGCUAAAGAUGGAAAAUGUGACGAAUAAGUCAUUGCAGUUCUGGUCUUGAAUUCUGUGCCAUCUGAAGUUAGCAUGCGGCUUCUUAAAAAGCAGCGUUGCCCACCACCUCUGUCUUGGGAAGAGCGGAGGUGGAAUGCUGGGCUUACUUUGCAUUCCACCCUCGGGGGACGAGACCCACUGCAUUUUGCAAAGUUAAGCAAAUGACAUGAUUUUCCUCCAUCUGCUAAAACUUUACAGACAAGAUCAUUCCACCUUAGGUUCUUAUCUCCUCCCCCGACCUGCAUGAGUCAUAACAGACUCAUCCCUUUGAGGGAUGUCUGACUCCAAUAGAGAAUUGUUCUUUCUUUUCUUGCAGCCCCUUGAGGAUCUGGUUUCAGGGGGUGGGGUCUGGGGAGAAGGCUGCUUACCAUACUUAGGCUGCUGCUCUUGCUGCCUGUAAAGCAUCUUGGUAUUACCAGCGUGUGCCCUGCCCAUUCCCGGCUCUGGUCUUUCUGAGAAAGGAUUGGAUGAGCCGGCACAGGCUUGGGAGUAAGUAUUGACCCCCAAUGAAGGCACAAAGACAUGAAAGUGUAAUAGCCCUUUGAGGUAAAAAUGACCUUGUCAGGAUUUUAAAAACCGGAGGAUUUCUGUCAAAGCGCUCUCUGUACCAAUAACAUGCAUGCCUUGUACCACGUACUCAUGAUGUGAAUCGGAAAAUUUCGGAGCCGUGCCUGCUUCUGAAAAUGAAGACCAGUGGCGUUGCCUCUACCACACAGCAGAUGCAAAGACCAAUCUGGACCUGUUAUCGUCCCUGUAGACUAGACGCUGUAUGCAAGCACCAGAAGUACUUGCUGGGUAGCGGUUUCUUUAUUUCUAGCUAUGUCUGUCCCCAGUCAACACUUGUGCGGGGAGUCGACACCUUCCAAUGCUUCUGCACCUCAGUCCUCUUACAAAAGCCUCCAGAUGAUUUAACCCUAGUUUGUAAUGUUGACUUCUGGGCUGUCAGUGUUUGAAACAUUGUAUUCCUUUUUUGGGUCUCUGUUGUUCUGAAGAAUUGUACUGAUUACAGAGAUAUGUGCAUAAAGAUUCUCAUUGUUGUAGCUGUUGUGCCGUUUUCUCUCUCAGAGCGCAUGUGUAGAAUACUGUCAUGCCCUUAACAUUCCCCUUUCUCUCCAGCCUUUUCCCCUCCAUGGUCAUAUCAUCCAGGGAACCUGCCCUGUAAGCUCCAUCUCCUCCAGUCUGAUCACUGGGUUAAAGGUGGCCUGUGACCUUUGGAGAACUUGGCAGAAUGGCGGGUUCCUAUGAGUAAAUGGAGAGUUUAUUUAAGAAUGGGUGUGUGAAUGUUCGUGUGUGUAUAAAAUUAACCUUUAGAUUUGUCAUUUUCCUUUGUUUUAAUAAAACAAAACAAUAAGAAUGCAA